AUGUAUACAGGUUAUCAGGUCAUGAACAAUGCCGAGCAUCUCGCAACAAGUGAGGAGCAACUGUCACGGCAGGCCAACCGCGACACUAAGCAGGCUCUGCAACACGCAAUUGCUUCCGCAGAUUUCUAUAUGAAAGCCUAUGCCGAGGCAACCAAUGCGACUGACCGUCUUCGCCUGCGGCGAAAAUGUCGAGAGAUGAUCACGUGGGCUGAGCAACUCAAAUCAAAAGAGCCCGGCGGCAUUUCAUCUCCGCCUACGUACCGCAAGAUCACGGGAGAAGAGGAGGCCAUUCUUCGGAAAUCAUCCUACUUACACGCCUGUUUCUUUCCGCCAUGGCAGUCCGACCCAAGCGAUGAUGUAUUUGAGCUUCCCGCAGGGUAUCCGCCAUACACGGAUCAUACCGAGUAUGCUAUGUCCCAUCAGCAGAACGAUAUUCUGGGAGGCUGGGAGCGACCUGACACUCUCGUCGGCUCUCUCUUACACACCGAUGAGCCAUUCAACGGUACCACUGCACUGAUGGCCGCAAGUGGCGACAGUGACCUGGUCCAAGAUAUAACGACGGACUGUUCUGUGGUAGCUAGCCUUUGUGCAGCUAUGGAUGUUCUUGUCACAAAGUCGCGUGGCAAGCCGCUUCUCUCACGCCUGAUGUUUCCGUACGACCACACCAACGAUUGUCCAAAGCUAUCGCAGUCCGGGAAAUACAUAUUCCGCAUGCAUUUCAAUGGUUGCUUCCGUGAGGUAGUUAUCGAUGAUCGACUGCCCGUAUCACGAGCUGGCAUUGACCGUAACUUAUUCGUUGUUGAUCGUCGUAAUCCCGAUCUGCUCUGGCCAGCACUUAUGGAGAAAGCAUAUCUAAAAGUGCGGGGAGGUUAUGACUUUCCCGGCAGCAACUCGGGUACAGAUCUUUGGGUACUGACGGGUUGGAUACCUGAGCAACUAUUCCUCCAGAGCGAGGAUGUGGAUCUCAAUCAAACCUGGAGUCGCAUGCUGCAGUGUCAGCAAGAAAGAGACCUCAUUAUCACGCUGGGUACGGGACGCCUGACACACACCGAAGAGGAUGCUCUGGGACUCGUUGGAGAGCACGAUUACGCUGUGUUGAGGCUCGAAGAAGUGAACGGCGCUCGACGCCUCUUGGUCAAGAAUCCGUGGUGCGACGGUCUCGUCUGGAAAGGAGCCGCGCUCAAAGAACACUCGCGUUCUACUGCGAAUCCUCCAUCGGUCGGGAGUGCCGGGGGCGCACACCUUGAAAUGACAAGCACUGCGCCGUCACGCGGUACGUUUUGGAUAUCUCUUGAGGAAGUUGCCCAAAAUUUCGAGUCCAUGUAUCUGAACUGGAACCCGAGCUGCUUCGGCCGUCGUCAGGACCACCACUUCACGUGGCACGUUCCAGCCAUGAGCUGGAGUGGGACAUUUGCGCACAACCCACAGUACUCAAUAUGUUCAAGCACUGGUGACACGGUCUGGAUUCUUCUCAGUAGACAUUUUGCAGACGCCGAACUAAGCAUUGCGCGGAAUCAAAGGUCAGGGUCGCUAGCCUCCGUUGCUAGACGUCUUGGCUACACCAGCAUUUCGAUAUUCGACAAUGGAGGUAAACGAGUGCAGGAGAUCGGAGGAGCAUUAUACCGUGGCCCCUUUGUCGACUCCCCCCAGACCCUGGCCAAGUUUGCCCUUGAUGCAGGGAAAACGUACACUGUUGUCAUGGCGCACGAAGAGCUGCCCUUGAACGAGUAUUCUUGCACAUUCUCUUUCUUCUCGGCUACAAAUCUCAAGAUAGGACCGGCCGAAGAGGUUAUGCGUCACUACCGAGAGCUGUCCAGCUCAUGGACGCGGAGGUCAGCGGGCGGAAACGCUUCUUCUCCUACUUACUCGGCAAACCCGCAGUUUAGCAUCACCGUGUCACGGUCGACGCCACUUUCGAUCCUGCUAACGACUGGUAGUCGUGAUAUCGCCGUCCACACAGACCUUGUGUGGUCAUCGGGCAAACGUGUAUCUUCAAUUGGGAGAAAGGAUGUUGUUGCAAGCUCUGGAGACUAUCGUUGCGGCAGCGCGCAUUCCCACGUUGCAAACCUCGAAGCCGGUACCUACGUCAUUGUCUGCUCAACUUUCGAGCCAGGACAACUGUCCGAUUUUGCGAUACGAAUCGGGACCAUGAUCGAAUGUGCCGUACGUCCUGUUCCAGGGGACGGCGCAGGACUGCUAUGCACUCGGCUGCCGACACUCGAAUUUGCUGCAGGCGAAGAGCGCAAGCGAGCCAGCAUCACGGCGCCUCGCCUCACGAGAGCAUACGCGUCAGCCCGCUGCCCCGUGCUGUCGGACGAGAAUGGGCAACACAUUUCUCAUGCUGCCAUUCGCAUAGUAGUCAUGUAUGGCCGUGGGCCGAAUGCGUCUAUUCAUGCCAUUUCGUGCGAAGGGGAGUUUCGAGAUCCGACUACCGCCGUAAGGACGCCCGAGUUCGAUGUCGAGCCUGAUCGGGUCCGGCACGAGGGUUUGUGGAUCGUGAUAGAGCAGCUAGGAAGUCAUCGUGCAUGGAGUGGCAUCGAGGUUGAGAUUCUUGGCGAUAACCUCAUUCGCUCCCGCCCGUGGGAGGAUCUGGAUUGA